GAUGCGGCUCCUGGCCCUGGCGGCCGCCAUGCUGCUGGCUCGGGCCCCGGCGCCGGAGGUCUGUGGGGCCCUCAACGUCACCGUGUCCCCAGGGCCUGUGGUGGACUACCUGGAGGGGGACAAUGCCACUCUCUACUGCCAUGUGUCCCAGAAGCGGCGGAGAGACAGCCUGCUGGCCGUGCGCUGGCUCUUCGCGCUGCCUGGCUCCCAGGAAACCUUGAUGAUUAAGAUGACCAAGCUGAGGGUGGUGCAGUACUACGGCAACUACAGCCGCAGUGCCAACCGCCGGCGGCUGCGGCUCCUUGAGGAGCGGCGUGGGGCCCUGUACAGGCUCUCUGUGCUGACCCUCCGGCCCGCGGAUCAGGGCCAUUACAUCUGCAAAGUCCAGGAAAUUAGCAGGCACAGGAAUAAGUGGACGGCAUGGUCCAAUGGCUCGUCAGCUACAGAAAUGAGAGUGAUUUCCUUCAAAACUUCCGAAGAUUCACCCUUUGAGAAAAAGAAAGAGGCCUGGGCGUUUUUUGAAGACAUCUAUGUGUACGCCGUCCUUGUGUGCUGUGUCGGGAUCCUCAGCGUCCUCCUCUUCACUCUGGUUAUCAUCUGGCAGUCAGUGUUCAGUAAGAGGAAGUCCCGAGUGAGACAUUAUUUGGUGAAAUGCCCUCAAAACAGCUCGGGGGAGACUGUCACCAGUGUGACCAGCUUGGCCCCACUGCAGCCCAAAAAGGGCAAAAGGCGGAAGGAGAAGGCUGAUGUUCCUCCUGCGGUCCCGGCCAAAGCUCCAAUAGCCACCACCUUCCAUAAACCGAAGCUGCUGAAACCACAGAGGAAAGUCGCGCUGCCCAAGAUUGCUGAGGAAAGCUUGACUUACGCAGAGCUGGAGCUGAUUAAGCCCCAUCACGCAGCCCAGGGCGUCCCCACCAGCACGGUCUAUGCCCAGAUCCUCUUUGAGGAGAACAAGCUGUAACACCACAUCUUCUCCAGUGGUCCUAUUUAAUAUACCUGCCACCCCAGUUAUUUAUGAAACCUUGGAAACAAAGUCCUUAUUUUUGUAUUUUCACGAGUACCCUCUGUGUGGUGGGAGCCCUUUCUAACUGCAUUCCAGAUGCCUUAGAAGAGGUACGGGGGUGCUCUCCACCGAAGAAUCAGGACCAUGGACCUUGGAUGAAUCUACCAGGACAAGGUUUCUCUGUGCCUGAGCCCCGAGCGGUGAGAACUCUGGUUCUGAGAGCACCAGGGAGAUUUUCUGCUGAGCCAAAUCCCUUUAUCUGCUCUUCCGCCCAUGGGUUUUUUAAAAAAACAUUUUUUUAAUCUUAAUUUUAACCUUCUCUUCCCGUAUCUGUAAUAUCAAGUACAUAGUAUAUAGCUAGAGGAAAUGGGGUUGUAGGCCAAAGUGUAAGAUGGUAGAUAAGUAGUCAUUGUUUUUCAAAGGAUGGGGUUGUGUGAAUGCUAACAAGUUUCAGGGGCUUGGGGGUCGGGCACUCCUGGAGUACAAAUAUUCCAUGUGGAAGUUGCUCUGUAUACUUGCAAGAAAUGCAGCGAUCUUGGACUCGCUGAAGGAAGAUGCACCUGAAAGAGCGUAUCCUGGAGAUGGCCUUGUUACGGGUAAUUCCCAAUGUGAGUGUUCUCUGGUGGGAUUUACCGCACACUACAGAAAUCGUUGGGCUAGCUAAUGGACCAUGUAUAUAUGGUAAAUAUACUUUAAACAUGA